AUGAUUUCUGAGGCGCUCGGUUUGCUGCUUGGCCAAAUUGCUAUCCUGUCAAUGACACGUUUUUUUAAGGCUUUUCCAAAGCCAUGGGUUCAUAAGUAUGCACAUCCGCUUGUUCGACGAUUUCUUAGAUGCGAUAUGCCGAACGAUCCUUUGAAUAGGACGCAAUUAGAAUCAAUUUGCGUUCCAAUUCCAUCUGCAACAUUCCGAAGACAUUAUAUGAGAAUGCAAAUUAUCAUUGAUUCGAUCAACAAAGCGUUACUUAAACUAUGCAACUAUGAUAAGCAAUUAAUCAAAUUUGAGGAAACAUUUAUUGGUUCAGCGAUUAUAUUAGCUAUUAUUUUUGGUAUUCUUCUAACGAUAUUGUUAUGGCUACGACGUUUAUCGUAUGCAUUGCCUAAUGAAUUUCCACCAAAUAAUAAAGGAAAUGAGCAAAAAUAUAAUUGUUCGAAGCCAAAGGAAACAUAUCGAGAAACAUCAAACUCAGUAUAG